AUGUCGACGAUGAUGAAAACGAACCGAUUUUCAACGUCUCCACAUCAUCAUCACACGAGUUCUUCUUUCGAGAAAAACACGUUGCGGGAAGGCGAGCACUUUAAGAAAGUGAUUGGGUUUAAGCCGUCGAAAAUAGCCUCGUCGCAAGGCGCGUCGUACAUUUCUAACCCGUGGAGGUUGAGAGACGCCACGGCGAGCGGAGAGGUCAACCACUGGGAGAACCCUUUGCAAGGGUACGUUUCGUUCGGUUCCGAAGGUAAAGUACCGAAAACGUUGGAGUUUGAAACGAGAGAGGCGAUGGAGAAAUUCUGCCAAAAGAGAGGGUGGUCGUUGGAAGUUCUCGAGAAGAAAGAGACGGAGCAUUUCACGCAACGCGGGAGCUCGAUCAUCCCGGGCGCGGGGAAGAUAGGAACGCAACCAAAGGCGUACGGCGAUAAUUUCUCCGUCAAUAGAAAAGGGUUGCCGAUUUGGCCGUAA